GACGCGGUGCGCGCUUUUCUAAUUCUGAGUGGACUUUACCCGAUGAAAGAACAGACCCCUUUCAACCACAGCACUGUUUUCUUUUGGCGGCUCGAACCCGCAACUUAAUGUUAAUAAAGUGUGGGCUGGCUCAUCAUCCCGGGACCGGAGUGAAACCUCACCGCGACCUCCCUUUGCAGUGGAAUGAUUGUGUGUGACAUCUGUGUAAGACUCAAGAGAGACAGUGGAGCCUGAGAGGACCGGCGGGGACUGACGGACCCCGUGAAGUUUCCUUGUGCGUCAGCCUGUUUUUAAGAAGCCCGGUGAACCGGAGACAAAGUGUUGUGCAGGUUGGCCCCUCUUCAAUGCGUCGGUUCCACGCAUCUAUUGAUGGACUGAGCACAGUGAAAUCUGGAAUAGCCUUCCUCUUUUUUUCAUCAUUUUUAGUCGAUAUCUCAGAUCGAAAUGGUGCCCUGUAUCAUUUUCAUCGCGUUGUUUGUCACUGCAGCCCGAUCCCAAGAUAUCCAUCCCUCACAGGCAUCAUCCUCCAUUAGUGAGUCUUGUGACUCCUUGUGCUCCUGUGAGGGGAAAGAUGGUAUCCUUCAUCUUAACUGCGAGCAGAGAAACAUCAGCAAAAUCUCUCAAAUCAAAGUCCCGUCAGGUGUGCCCUUCCACCUGAACCUUUACAAAAAUGACUUGGUUGAGCUCCGCGAAGAGGAAAUGGAAGGGCUUAAGAAUGCCCUUUCGCUGCACAUUGGGGGUAAUAGCAUACAGGAGCUGGAACCAGGGGUCUUUAGCGCUCUCGGUUCACUGAAAAAACUCCACAUAAAUAGCAAUUUCCUCGUCACUCUGAAAGAGGACACUUUUCAAGGCCUGGUGAAUUUGGAGUUUCUCCAAGCUGACACGAAUUUCAUUCGGAUCAUCGAGCCGGGGGCCUUCAACAAACUGAUCCGCCUCAAGGUCCUCAUCCUGAAUGAUAAUUCCAUUGAGUUUUUACCCAACAACAUUUUCCGGUUCGUGCCCCUCACGCACCUGGACUUGCGGGGAAACAAGCUCCAGACACUGCCUUAUGUGGGGUUUUUGGAGCACAUCGGACGGAUAAUGGAACUUCUCCUGGAGGAUAAUGACUGGGUCUGUGACUGUGAUAUUUUGCAUUUAAAAAUAUGGAUGGAGAACAUGAGGGCCCAGUCAGCAAUUGGGGACGUAGUCUGCAGCACACCACAUCACCUUAAGGGAACCAUCCUGGCUAAAGUGAAGCGGGAUGUUCUGUGCCCGUCUCAUGCAGAUAUUAACCUGGAGGAGCCAUCAAAGUCGCUGGAUAUGGUUGUUACUCCCUCGUCCAAAGUGUCUCAAAUUCCCAAGUUGAUCAACGCCAAAGAUGACGCCAAGGUACCGACACCCUCUCACUUUCCCGGCAGUCCUUGUGUGGAGCACUGUUCCUGUCACAAUCACCCUGUGGCUGGCUUUUUGAUGCAUUGUCAGGACAGAGGAAUUCAGAAAGUAUCAGAUAUCGGAAUCCUUCAGCAAAGCCCCACUAAACUUGUCAUGACAGGAAAUAUGAUUCAGAAACUCUUGAAAUAUGAUUUUGUCACAUAUGAUAGUUUAGAAUUACUCAACUUGGCAAACAACAGAAUUGACUACAUUGAUAAUGAAACUUUCCUCAGCCUGAGCAGUUUGAAAAAACUGUAUUUGAAUGGAAAUAGAAUCGAAAAACUGUUCUCAACAAUGUUUGUGGGGCUCCACAACCUUGAAUACCUGUAUCUGGAAUACAACCUUAUCAAAGAGAUUGCUCCAGGCACAUUUAAUCCCCUGCCAAACCUGAAGCUGUUGUCAUUAAAUAACAACCUGCUCAGCUCUCUUCCAGCACAGAUAUUUCGCAAUGUGCCCCUCACCAAAUUAAACCUGAGGAAAAAUCUACUUAUGCACCUGCCAGUGAGCAAUGUGCUUGAUCAACUUGACUCACUAGAGCAGAUUUAUUUAGAGGACAACCCCUGGGACUGCAGCUGUGACUUGCUCAGCCUCAAACAAUGGGUGGAGAAACUCAGAAAGGACACAGUGGUGGGCUCCAUUUUGUGUCACACCCCGAAGAAUGUGAUGCAGGCUGAGCUAAGAAGUCUUCGUCAUGAGGUUCUAUGUCCUGGUUUAGGGACCUACUACCCUAUGUCCCCGGGUGGGGAGGAGAGCGUGACAGCUACACUGGGGCCUGACAGUGGCGGCAAGGGUUUAUUCAGCCCCCUCACAGACACUGUCCCACUCUCUGUGCUCAUCUUAAGCCUUCUUAUUUUCGUCCUCAUGAUUAUAUUCUGCUCAGCGGGGUUGGUAGUGUUUGUGGUGCACCGGCGACGGAGAAGGGCAAAGAAAAAAGCAGCAGAGGAGCAGCCCCGAGAAAACACCAACAGCAGCCCCAUCCACUUACAUUAUAGCAUGUACGGCCAGAAAACUACACACCACACUUUGACCCAAAGAACAGGGUCUGCCUCUCUGUAUGAAGAGAGAUCACAUAGUCCUAUUGUGCAGAUAUGUCGCAACCCCACCUACUGCUCCCAGCACAAGGAGCGCGACUCAGAUUUGGAUUAUAGCCUCGACGAGCCCAGCACCAAGCACCACGUCUGCCGGAGUAUCAUGGAGAAGGAGAACACUUCUCCUCUCACGGGAAACCCCAGCUCAAAGUUCGGACCAAUGGCCGGAGAGUGCCCCGCAGAGUUCGUCACUCUCGGGAACCCCAACUCCUUGUACAGGAACAUUCUGGAGAGGGAGAAGGAGCUGCAGCAGCUUGGAAUAACAGAGUACCUUAGGAAAAACAUGCCCCAGCUUCAGUCUGCUGUAGACAUGCAGGUCCCGGGGCACCAGGAGGAGUUAAAGCUAAUGGAGACAAUUAUGUACUCAAGACCACGCAAGGUCAUGCUUGAGCAAACUAAGAAUGAGUACUUUGAACUUAAGGCCAACCUGCAUACUGAGCCAGACUACUUGGAGGUUCUGGAGCAUCAAACUGCAUUUAACUGAGCUUAAGCAGAAAAAUAAAACGAGAUAUAUAUAAAUAUAUAUGUUUUCAACCAAGUGCCUUGUCCUGUUUGCCCUCUUGUACGUUCCACAGUGUGAAAUAUGUAUCAUGGGCACAUCACUUUAAGUUAACUGUAGCACAGAAUGUAAUAGUUUUAUUUUUUUUUUACCUUUUAUUUGUUGACAGCCGUGUUAUGUAGCUGGUGAAAGGUGUCAUAUGUUGGGCCAAAUGUAGAGGAAGCUGUCUGCCGUCGGUCGAGCGAGCCUGGGUUGAAACCCUCUUUGAAAUCCACUCAAUCAGCUUUUUAUGAUUGAUUAAAUUUCCAUGGCGUUACUGCAGCCAAAUGAAUUGAUCCACACAGCGCGCACACCAUCACCCCCCCCCCCCCCCCCCCCCCCCCACACACACACACACCCCCCACAUCUGACAUCCUGACAGGAUAAAGCAGAUGUUAGGAAAGAAGUGAGUGAAUUUCAAUCAUCACUUGACCCAGAAUUGCUGUUUAAUCAGUCUAUCCUGACUCUGGGUAUGACCUGAUUACACCCUCUGUCAACAUAAGCCAGCUGGAAUGCUGUAACCAGAAUGCUCAUUGUGCCGUAGAGUCAGCGACAUGCCAACUGUACAUGGGAAAGCAGCGAUAGGAAUUUGGUUUCACUGCUGCUCUCCUGUCAGUUAUUUUUGAUCAACCCAUUACACUGCACAGUUGCAGUCAUGGUAUCUUUAUUUAUUUUUAUAGGAGCUGGUGAUACUCACAGAAAGGAUGUUUUUUUUUU